CUGCCCCCCCCCCCCUCUGCCUCCUCGAGUCGAGUUCACAGCUGGCUAAAAGGACUAAGCAGAACAACGUUGAAACGGUUAAGGGUCUUUGGGCCCCUGCACCAAGUCCAAUUCGGACUUUGGGCCAAUAAACCAGUCUUCAACAGAACCAAGAUCCACAGGUUUAAGUCAGCUCAAUGGAACUUCCAUUAGUCAUGGAAUCACUUCGAAUUGAGGCCCAAAGAGAAGACCCCAAGCCUGAUGAAAGUGAUGAAGCACCGUCACCCUUACCAUCACCAUUACCCGCACCUUCUACACCGACACCCAAUAGAACCCUGAGGAAGCGGGUUUAUGGUAGCACAUCAAUGCUGGGACCAAUGAAUGCAUGCAAUGAAUCCAGGAAGAAGGCUAUCAAAAUUGACACUGAAAGAAAAGUGUUAGAUUUUUAUAAAAACAUCAACAAAAAGUGGAGUGUGAAACAUACUAACUUAGAAACUAUUUUUGAAGAGCCUAAAUCAGCAAGUGAUGGAAAUGUUGUAACUAUGAGUGGAUCGAAAGUUAAACGAUCAAUUUUAUUUAACCGGCGUGUCACCAAAACAAAGCAAGCAAAAAGGAAGGACAAGGUAAAGAAAUUCAAAUUGACCAAGGGAAAAGUACUUUCUGCGGGGAAGAAGAAGCUGACUGUCGAAGAGGUUAAAUUGUAUUUCGCUGAAUCUUUGGACAAUUAGUAUAUUAUUGAUUGAGGACAUCUUGAUUUUCAACCAAGGGUACUGAAAGAAUUUUUUUUUUAAUUUAUUGUUUUUGGUUAACAUGUUGUAUCUGUGAUAAAGUGAUGCAAGUUUUGAGCUGAAUAUUGAAGGCUUAUCUUUGCACAUAAUAAACUGACUGCCACUUUCGAUGUCUGUAAUUAGAUAGGUCUGAUACAAUUAAGAAGCUCCAAAGGUGCUCCAAAGUUAUGCAUGGUCCAAGAAUUCAUGUUGAUUCUCUUGUUAGAGAAGAAAUACUUGCCCUGUCUGGAAGGCACAAUGUAAUUAGUUCCAAUAUUUACUUUUUAUCUGUUAAACUUUAAGAUGGUAAGGGACUCUCUUCCUCUUUCUGACUGAAAACAAAACAAAUCAACUAUUCCUGUUUGUUCAUCCAGUAUUAUUUAGUGCUAUGCAGUAUUACUUGUAAUACAUGAUUUAUGUCUCAAA